CACCGGCAGAUGACAUACAUAUUGACCCAUGCGAAACAGUUGUUUAAAAGUUUACAAUAUUUAUAUGAUACAUGUUUGUCGAAAGCAAGCGUGAAUUGUUUUUAUGGAAAAAGGAAAUUUUCAAAAUGUUACUGGAUAAUAAUCGGGCGAAAAAUAGAGUUUGCAUGCAAAUUACAGUUGUUCUGGUAUUCACAGUCAGUGUAAUUCAUACUAUUGCAUUUCUGCCACUAUCAAAGCAGGUAGCGAAUAACGAUGAUACGAAAGGGAAAACUACACAUAUUAGAUUUUUAAGAGUUCACAAAUGUGGUACUGCAACAAUGUCAAAUGUAAUUUUCCGGUUUGGACUAUAUAACAAUUUAACAUUUGCAAUGCCAAAAAAGGGUGGAUAUAUCACAAACACAGAUUCUCUACUUCCUGUGCGUCCGACUGGUCAUUAUGAUAUUUUGAUCGGGCAUUCCAUAUAUAGCCGUAAGUUAUAUCAGUAUUCAUUUGGAACAGAUUCGAUAAAUAUUGCAAUUGUUCGCGAUCCUGUUCAAAGAAUGAUAAGUGCUGCGUAUUUUUACAGAGAUGUUUGGCCACAAGCAUAUCUCCGACGUGUCCCAAAAAGUAAUUUCAUUGAAAAUCUUGUCCGAUUACCUGAUGUGUAUGACAGAGCUCCAUUUAGUUUCACAAGAAAUUCCAUGGGGAGGGACUUUGGAUUUUCUUCAUCUAUAUCUAUCAAUGAUACAAAUAAAAUAGACCAACACCUAGACAUGCUUAAAAAAGACUUCAAACUUGUCCUUGUGAAGGAAAGGUUCAACGAAUCGCUUGUCUUGAUGAAAAGAACUUUAAACUGGGACAUCGAAGAUAUACUGUAUGUAAAGAUAAAUGCAUACAAGCAUGAAGUAGUAACGCUCAGUUCAGAUCUUAUAAAGAAACUACAAAAAACCUGUUUCUUAGAUGUUAUAUUGUAUGAAACUUUUUCUAAGAUAUUUGAUGAGAAAGUUAAAAAUGAGGGUCCUAAAUUUCACCGUGAGGUAGAAUGGUUUCAAAACGUGCUUCAAUUAGUGACUGAGUUCUGCAAUGCAGAGAAAGCUGGUGCAAUGGUGAGAAUAGACCAAUCGGAAUGGAACGAGCCAUUUCACAUCACUCGGGAGAACUGUUCGGACAUGAAAACAGGAGCCCUAACUUACCUUCCAAUGCUCAGAAUUCGUCACAAAAAGAUGAAUAAUUGAAAUUAUGUAGAUUAAUGACAUUAUGGCUUUGUUACAACUUUAAAACUCUGCCCUUUAUCAAAAAGAACAUUUUAUCCGUUUUAUUAUAACGAUUGAAAAAUAUGAUUAUAUAAACAUUGUAAAUAUAUUUCUGAUAUAUAUGUAUAGUCUGUAACUUGGAAAUAUGAUGAUUAUUAUAAAACGCCUUAGCAAUUUUUAUUGAAAUUUACUUGGUUAAUUUUGCAAUACACAAUCUUUUGCUAGAAUUGUGUGCCAAUUCUUAAUUGGAUUCUUUUGUUUGGGUAUUUUAACCAUUGUCUUAUCACCAGUGAUGAUAACUGUCGGCGCAUUUUAGUUUUCUCGUGGUACAAGUCAGCGUCUACAGCUUAGAUAUAUUCAAAUGUAGCAUUGCAAAGUAAACAUCCUUCACUACAGUGUUGUUAUAUUUUUGUGGUUCUUUAGGAUCUUUGACUAUCAAACAGAGUCUGCUAUUUUAAUGUGAUUAGCACACGUAUGAGGGAUCACCCUUUCCAAGUCUUUUACAAAAAGAAAUUAAAUCCAAUUAAUUAUGCACUUGUGUAAAAAUGGCUUUGAUCCGGGUUUCACCGAGUUUACAUUGUAAAUAUAUAUUGGGAACCUUUUCACUGAAGCUACA